AUGCCAAUAUAUGCCAAGUUCAUGAAAGACAUAAUUUCCAAGAAGCGUUCCACGGAUACGGAACCGAUCAUCCUAACUGAAACAUGCAGUGCCAUUCUCGAAGGCAUGAAAAUCCCAGUGAAAAAGCAAGACAGGGGAUUGGUUACUAUUCCAUGCACUAUUGGUGAUAGAAAAUUCAAGAAGGCUCUAAUUGACUUAGGAGCGAGUGUAAGCUUGAUGCCACUGUCCAUCUAUAAGAAAUUAGUCAUCGGCUCUGUUCAAGAUACUCGAAUGACACUUCAGUUUGUAGAUCACUCUGUGAGGCGACCCUAUGGUAUUGUGGAAGAUGUUCUUGUAAAAUUGACAAGAAUCAAAGCCAAGGUUGUUGUGAUGGAUCCUACUACUACAAGAAUUCGACCUGGAAAUCAGAGACAAAAAGGGUUUAUACAGGAGCUCUACAAGGAGGGAACAUCACGUCAACAAAUGUCUAAGUCAUGA